AUGGGUUCUUGCCUGUGCAAAGAGAAGACACGUCAUAAUCAUGAAAGCGGCAGUAGUCGAGGAUCACGUGGAUGUCGUCGGUCGGAGGAGCGAAACAGAUCACCACAUUCUUUUGAACAGGAGCUUGAUUUCGACGCAGGUCUGUUAGUUUUGCAAAACAGUGGUGUUGAUAUCAAUUCAAAUAGUUCUGAUGUAUAA